GACGUCACGGUGACGUCAUGUCCCGCUCGAGCGGCUCGGGACGAGAGCGGAGUGUGCAGAAUGCGGAUGCUCCGCGAGCUCUGCACGCCCGUUCUUUCAAACUACGAUUUGCCGCGCAAAGGGAGGUCGGACGUUCCUACGUGUCUCUCGUGAAACCAUUAGGAUUACCGGCAACGGUGACGGACAAGUUCUACAGCAGGCCGCAGGGCGGCGAGCUGCAGGAGGAGAGCGCCCUCAGCCGCAUCGACAACAUGUUCGCGCUGGGGCCGCGGGAUAAAUACCAAGAACCGUCCACCUCAGCACAAGAAUAUGGAUGGUGGUGCAGUGAGCCAUGUAAAGGGGAUGCUGUGCUCCAACAUCACAUCAGAGAUUCAGCCUGGCUUAAAGAAAGGCUGCGGGUGCUAGCUGCUGAUGAUAAACUGAAGCUUAAAUAAUUUAUUGCAGCUUCAGUUCAGUAAUGAAAUUGUGUUCUAAAGGAUAAGAAACCUGGUGCGAUGCCUUUGAAGGCAGUAGGUUUUUCUGGAAUUUGACGAAUUAUUUCCAUGGUGAAGGAAUAACAUCAUGUAAUAAAAAUCAAACACGCAAAAAUUAUAAUUUGCGUAAUUACUGGUGGUAGGACGUCUUAUGGGCCCGCACGGGUAGGAACCACCGCCCUGCCUGUUGCUCCCGUGAAGCAGUUAAUACUUCUCAGUUUUAAAGGCGGGGCAGUCAUUAUACUGGAAAAACAGAUUUGGAACUAAUGUCUCAAGGUGGCGGCAUUCACUUAUGGUGUCUCCGGUGACCACUUAACUUCAGGUGUGCAGUGAGCUCGUCCACCCACCUAAGCAAGUUUUUUUUAUCAAAGACACCUUUGAGCAGCAGUGCUGUCCUCUUCCUUCUUUAUUUUUAAAAGAGACUGUUUAAUUUAGAUCAAUAAUAUUAAAUCAAUAGGUAUACCUUUACAUUAUCAACAAAUAAAAUACACCGUCGAUUAUAUUGCGCAUUCAUUGUGAAAUUCUUUGCUCUACUUCCAAAUAUUUAUAGAGGAACCUUAAUACAUUCUUAUAGCAAAUUGGUUGGUAAAUUUUCCUGAACUAUUAGAGUGAAUGUGUUUGACUAGGAGCCCUUGUGGGCAGAACUCAUUAUGAUCACGGUGACCAACAACAAUUAUACUUGCCAUGGCUCCCUGACAAAAAUUUGUAUAAUACCACUUCUCAUUUUGUAAAGAACUACUUGAUUGGGUUAUUAUUAACAGUGAUGUAUUAUAAUUAAUAUUCUAUUAUUAGUAUUGUGUGAGUUUCAAUGUUGUGUUGUAUGUUGCAAAAAAAUUUUUGGUAUACAAUUACUCUUCUGUUACUUGCAUACAUUUAAUUUUCAGUAUUCUUAUUCAUUUCACUCUUUCUGGAACUAUGUAACUUUACUACUGAUUGUAUCUUUAUACUUAAGCAAGCUGUAACUUUAUCAUUAUCUAACAAAUAAACUAAAAUUAAUUUUGAAUUAUUAUUCAACAUUUUACAAUCAUCACGCAAUAUUAAAUAUGAUAAUAUCGAUAAGGUAUCUAUAAUCCUCAGGAUUUGAUUAUUUGAAAUUAAAUUUACUGCUUAUAAUGUGGAACCUUCAUAGGUAAUUUUAUAAAUGAUAAUCAGGAUUAUUGAACACAUAUUAUGAACUUCAAUUAAAUUUAUGGCAAGUUUCUUUACUAUAUUUAGUGUUUGUAGUGAUCAAUUUAUUACUAGCCCUUUUUAUGUUUGAGUACUGU